CAAAUUUAUUAACUGAAUAUUUCAAGUGUGCGUGAAUUUAAAAUUAAGACUGCUUAAAACUUUUAUAAGCGGUGUUUAUUGAUAAAGAGUCGAAUGCACUGAUAUUAUUGAAAACUGUUUGAGAUAAAUAUUGAUCAAGUACGAAAAGCAGCUUCUAAGCCUUUUUAUUAGCUUAGUGUAAUUAAUAAGUUUCAUGCUUUUUUUUCUAAAAAGAAGAAUAUUCAUUUCCUUCAGCUGAGUUUAUUACUUUUAUCCAAUGGAUUCUACAACAGUGCAGUUAAUACAAGUCCUUGAAAAAACAGUUUCACCAGAUAAAAAUGAACUGGAAGCAGCUCAAAAUUUUCUGGAAAGAGCAGCUCAGACUAACCUCCAUGAGUUUAUCCAAAGACUUAGUGGAGUGCUCGUCACCACUGCCGCUAGUACUGUUGCUCGUAUGGCAGCAGGUUUACAGUUGAAAAAUCAGCUAACAUCAAAAGAUUUAACUUUAAAAUCAAAAUAUCAACAACGGUGGCUUGAAUUUCCGAUUGAAACCAGAGAAUUUAUUAAAAAAAAUAUCUUAGGUGCUCUGGGAACUGAAAACAGCAGACCAAGCUCGGCAGCUCAAUGCGUAGCCUAUGUAGCUGUAGCUGAACUUCCUGUUGGACAAUGGAGUGAACUUAUUCCUCUUUUAGUGAAUAAUGUUGCUAAUCCAAAUAGUACAGAAAUGAUGAAAGAAGCUACUCUUGAAACCAUUGGCUACAUAUGUCAAGAAAUAGACAGUGAAGUCCUAGUAACACAAUCAAAUCAAAUUUUAACGGCAAUUGUACAUGGCAUGAAAGGCUCAGACACAUCGAUACAUGUUCGAUUAGCAGCUACAAGUGCAUUGUUAAAUUCUUUGGAAUUUACCAAAGGAAAUUUCGAGAUUGAGUCAGAACGAAAUUUCAUUAUGGAAGUAGUUUGUGAAGCUACGCAAUCAACUAACACCCAAAUUAAAGUCGCUGCUCUUCAAUGCUUGGUUAAAAUUAUGUCCUUGUAUUAUCAAUUUAUGGAACCGUACAUGUCACCAGCUCUAUUUCCGAUUACUCUGGAGGCAAUGAAAUCUGAAAUAGAUGAAGUAGCUUUGCAAGGUAUUGAAUUUUGGUCAAAUGUAUCAGAUGAAGAAGUUGAUCUUUCCAUGGAAGAAGGAGAAGCCUCUGAAGGAGGUCGGCCUCCAUCAAAAGUAUCCAGACACUAUGCAAAAGGAGCUUUACAAUAUUUAGUUCCUAUAUUGAUGCGGAAAUUGACAAAACAAGAAGAAUUCGACGAUGAAGAUGAUUGGAAUCCUUCUAAAGCUGCUGGAGUCUGUCUUAUGCUUCUAGCUUCAUGUUGUGAAGAAAAUAUCGUUCCUUUCGUGUUACCAUUUGUUAAAGAUAAUAUUAAAAAUCCAGACUGGCGAUUCCGUGAUGCAGCCCUAAUGGCUUUCGGUUCAAUUUUAGGUGGUCUGGAACCGAAUACUCUCAAACCAUUGGUAGAACAAGCUAUGCCAACUUUGAUCGAACUAAUGUACGACAGUAGCGUAGUAGUUCGAGAUACUGCAGCCUGGACCUUCGGAAGAAUUUGUGAAAUUAUUCCGGAAGCUGCAAUCAACGAAACUUAUUUAAAACCUUUGUUAGAAUCAUUGGUCAACGGGUUGAAAGCUGAACCACGUGUUGCUGCUAAUGUAUGCUGGGCAUUUACAGGACUAGCUGAAGCUAGCUACGAGUCUGCAGAAGUUAUCGAAGAUGGUCAACAACCAGAAACAUAUUGUAUGUCACAUUAUUUUGAUUUUAUUAUUCAGCGUCUUCUAGAAACUACCGAUCGUCCAGAUGGAGCACAAGCUAAUUUAAGAUCAGCUGCUUAUGAAGCGCUCAUGGAGAUGGUUAAAAAUUCACCUCGAGAUUGUUAUGUAACUGUACAAAAAACUACAAUGGUUAUCUUGGAAAGAUUACAACAAGUAAUGCAAAUGGAAUCGCAUAUACAAAAUCACUCAGACAGAGCCCAGUAUAAUGAUCUACAAUCCCUUUUAUGUGCUACUUUGCAAUCAGUGCUAAGGAAAGUUACACCAGAAGAUGCGCCGCAAAUAUCCGAUGCAAUUAUGACUGCUUUGUUGUCAAUGUUCAAUUCAAAUUCUUGUAAGUCUGGUGGAGUUCAAGAAGAUGCACUCAUGGCGGUAUCAACACUGGUUGAAAUUCUUGGAGAAGGGUUUUUAAAAUAUAUGGAUGCUUUCAAACCAUUUUUAAGUUUGGGAUUGAAAAAUCAUGCCGAAUAUCAAGUAUGUGGAGCAGCUGUAGGUCUUACUGGAGAUAUUUGUCGGGCUUUGAAAAAUAAAAUUCUUCCAUAUUGUGACGAAAUUAUGACUCUUUUAUUAGAAAAUUUAAGUGAUAAUACUGUCCAUCGUUCAGUUAAACCACAAAUUUUAUCUGUAUUUGGAGACAUCGCUCUCAGUAUUGGUUUAGAAUUCAAAAAGUAUCUUGAUGUAGUUUUACAUACUUUAGCUCAAGCAUCGCAGACCUAUGUAGAUAGAUCUGACUAUGACAUGAUUGAGUAUCUCAAUGAAUUGCGUGAAGGAAUAUUAGAAGCCUAUACUGGUAUCAUUCAAGGCCUGAAAGGUGAUGGAACGAUCCCUAAUCCUGAUGUUUCAUUAGUUGAAUCGCAUGUACCCUUUAUUAUUCAGUUUAUUACAACCAUUGCUCAAGAUCGAGAACAUUCAGAUGGAAAUAUUGCAGCAUCUGUAGGUUUAUUAGGAGAUCUUGUAACAGUUUUUGGAGUAAAGUUAAUACCCUUGAUCGAAUCAGAUAUACUUGUCGAUUUACUCAAUAAAGGAAGGAGAUCUCGAACUACUAGAACUAAAAAUUUAGCCACGUGGGCUUCGAAAGAAAUCAGGAAAUUGAAAAAUGCAAACAACAUUAUCCCUAGUUGAUGAUACAAUUUCUUCAUUGCAGAUAUCAGAAAACUGUACAAAACAGUUCAAGAUUUUUCUGCAGAUUUUUUAUCUACAACCACAACUUGAUUUUAUGUGAAAAAUUUUGAAAAUAACGUUUAAAUCUAUCGUUUUCAAUAAUUGGUGAAUAAAUUAAAUUUGUUAUGCACAUCA